AUGGGGCAGCUCGCGGCUCCGACGGUUUUCCUCCUGCUGCUGGGGCUUCUGGCCGAAUCGCUCGCCGGCUUCCCCAACACCAUCAGUAUAGGAGGACUAUUCAUGAGAAACACUGUCCAGGAACACAGCGCAUUCCGAUUUGCUGUACAGUUAUACAACACAAACCAAAAUUUCACAGAAAAGCCAUUCCACUUGAAUUAUCAUGUUGACCAUCUGGAUUCUUCCAACAGUUUUUCAGUGACAAAUGCAUUCUGUUCACAGUUCUCCAGGGGAGUCUAUGCCAUCUUUGGAUUCUAUGACCAGAUGUCAAUGAACACACUGACGUCUUUUUGUGGGGCACUGCAUACAUCAUUCAUCACGCCCAGCUUUCCAACUGAUGCUGAGGUGCAGUUUGUCAUCCAGAUGCGUCCAGCUCUGAAAGGAGCCAUCUUAAGCCUUCUGACAUAUUAUAACUGGGAAAAAUUUGUAUACCUCUAUGACACUGAACGAGGUUUUUCCAUCCUCCAAGCAAUUAUGGAAGCUGCUGUGCAAAAUAAUUGGCAAGUGACUGCCCGAUCCGUGGGAAGCAUCAAAGAUGUUCAGGAGUUUAAAGCAAUCAUUGAAGAAAUGGACAAACGGCAAGAGAAAAAAUACUUGAUAGAUUGUGAAGUGGAAAGAAUAAACAUCAUUUUGGAACAGGUUGCAGUCCUUAGUAAAAAUUCCAGAAGUUAUCACUAUAUGCUUGCUAACCUGGGUUUUACAGACAUCUCUGUGGAAAGAGUGGUACAGGCUGGAGCCAAUGUAACUGGAUUUCAGAUUAUUAACAACGAAAACCCAUUGGUCCAACAGUUUAUGCAACGUUGGGUAAGACUCGAUGAAAGGGAAUUUCCUGAAGCUAAAAAUUCUCCAUUAAAGUAUACAUCUGCAUUGACCCACGAUGCAAUACUUGUCAUAGCAGAAGCGUUCCGGUACCUCCGAAGGCAGCGGGUAGAUGUAUCCCGGAGAGGUAGUGCUGGAGAUUGUUUAGCAAACCCAGCUGUGCCUUGGAGCCAAGGAAUUGAUAUUGAGAGAGCCUUGAAAAUGGUUCAAGUUCAAGGAAUGACAGGAAAUAUCCAGUUUGACACCUACGGACGUAGAACCAAUUAUACGAUUGAUGUGUAUGAAAUGAGACCUGGCGGGCCACGGAAGGCUGGUUACUGGAAUGAAUAUGAGCGAUUUGUGCCUGCAGUUGAUCCUACCAUUUCCAAUGAUACUUCCUCAGUUGAGAAUAGAACCAUUGUGGUGACUACCAUCCUUGAAGCACCCUAUGUGAUGCGCAAGCAGUCUCCUGACCAGAAGGAAGGGAAUGAGAAAUAUGAAGGCUAUUGUGUUGACCUUGCUUAUGAAAUUGCAAAACAUGUUGGGAUUAAAUAUGUCCUGUCCAUUGUACCUGAUGGAAAGUAUGGAGCAAGAGAUCCUGAGACGAAAAUGUGGAAUGGCAUGGUGGGUGAGCUGGUCUACGGG